GACCGCGACCCGCACCGCACCCCGGCUGCCGCCACCUCCCGAGUCUCCCGAGCUGCUGCUCUGCUCCUCGUUCCACUCCCUUCCCUUCCCACCCAGGGGAGACGGAGAGGAGACCCAGAGACGGACUGCUCUAGCCCCGAAGGAAGCAUCGCCUCCUCUUCCUUCCUUCCUACCCCCUCCUCACUCCGCUUGUCCGGUCGUCGCGUACGUACCGCCCUCCAUCCCCCACCACAACGACGGCCGCUUUCUCCCCGCCUUCCGACGUCUCUCUCUCUCUCCCUCGCUCUCUCUCCGCUCAGCAGCUCCAGCGCCCAUCGGCGAGGGAAGGAAGGAAGAGGGAGAAAGAAAAAAGGAGCUUCUUUUCUUCCGUCGGCAGGCGGUAGGCCUGGUGACUAUGGAUCCGCCGGGCUCCGGGCUCCCGACGCCGCCGAGGUCUCCUGCCUCGAUCCGUGGCCGCCGGCCCACGUGGAGACGCUGCUGGUGCUAGUACCGCCGUGUUUCUUGGCGGGCCUUGCUGCCUCCUCCUCCUCUUGAGGAUUGCUGCUGCCGCAGCCUGCUCUGCAGGAGGGAUGGCCGGACGCUCAAGCAGGAGCGUCGGCGUGCGCAGCGUGGAAUCCAUGGCGGCGCCAGAAAUGCGCAUCGUCUGAGUGAAUGAAGCCUGGUUGGUGGUAGAGCCGAUGGUGGUGGGAACGGCGCUGCUGCGCGGCGGGGUCUCCAUCUCCAUCUCCUCGGUGUGGAUCCUCCUGUUCCUCUCCUCCCUGCUCCUCCUCUCGCCGUCGGCGGCGUCCGUCGACUUCAGCCACUGCGGCGGCUGCGACGACGCCGACGACGGCGCCCUCUCCAGCGCCUACAACAUCCUGCAGUGCCAGAAGGUCAGCGACUUCCUCAUCGCCGCGGCCUACUUCUCCAUCCCGCUCGAGCUGCUCUACUUCGCCACCUGCUCCGACCUCUUCCCCCUCAAAUGGAUCGUGCUGCAGUUCGGCGCCUUCAUCGUGCUCUGCGGCCUCACGCACCUCAUCACCGUCUUCACCUACGAGCCGCACUCCUUCCACCUCGUGCUCGCCCUCACCGUCGCCAAGUUCCUCACUGCACUCGUCUCCUUCGCCACGGCCAUCACCCUGCUCACGCUCAUACCGCAGCUCCUCAGGGUCAAGGUCAGGGAAAACUUCCUGAUGAACAAGGCGCGCGAGCUGGACCGGGAGGUGGGGAUGAUGAAAAGGAAAGAGGAGGCCAGCUGGCACGUGCGCAUGCUCACGCAGGAGAUCCGCAAGUCGCUCGACAGGCACACCAUCUUGUACACCACCAUGGUUGAGCUCUCAAAGGCGCUGGAGCUGCAGAACUGUGCUGUCUGGAUGCCUAAUGAGACCAGGAGCGAGAUGAUCUUGACGCAUCAGCUGAGGGAAAGGGAUAUAAUGGACCCACAGAACCGCUCUAUUCCUAUCGAUGAUCCGGAUGUUCUAGAAAUAAAGGCGACCAAGGAUGCAAAAGUUAUUGGGCCAGAUUCGGCGCUAGGGGUUGCUAGCCGAAGCAAGCUUGAAGCAGGGCCUGUGGCUGCAAUAAGGAUGCCGAUGUUAAGGGUGUCGAACUUCAAAGGAGGGACUCCGGAAGUGAUGCAGACGAGCUAUGCCAUCUUGGUUCUGGUUUUGCCUAAUGAUGCUUCGUUAGGGUGGGGUCGGAGAGAGCUGGAGAUUGUUGAAGUAGUUGCUGACCAAGUUGCAGUCGCUCUGUCACAUGCUGCGCUCCUAGAGGAGUCUCAGCUGAUGCGAGAGAAGCUUGCCGAGCAGCAUAGGGACUUGCUACGGGCAAAGCAUGAAGCCAUGAGGGCAGGGGAAGCUCGGAAUUCCUUCCAGACUGCAAUGUACGAUGGAAUGCGAAGGCCAAUGCACUCAAUCCUUGGUCUCGUCUCGAUGAUGCAACAGGAGAGCAUGAAUCCAGAGCAAAGGCUUGUGAUGGAUGCCAUUGCCAAGACAAGCAGUGUUGCAUCCACGCUGAUGAACGAUGUGAUGCAAACAUCAACAAUGAAUUGUGAGCACUUGUCUUUGGUAAGGAGGCCGGUCAACCUUCAUUCCUUUAUCAAAGAAGCUGUUGGAGUGGUCAGAUGUCUAACUGGUUGCAAGGGUGUGGAGUUUGAGUUUCAAGUGGAUAAUUCUUUGCCAGAAAGGAUCAUUGGUGAUGAGAAGAGAGUCUUCCAUAUUGUCCUGCACAUGGUAGGCACCCUAAUAAACCGAUGUAAUGCCGGCUGUAUCUCGUUAUAUGUUAGUGGUCAUAAUGAGGUUGAAGAGAGGCAUAAUCAUGACUGGAUGCUGCGAAGAGCAAACUUCUCUGGAGGCUAUGUAUGUGUCAAAUUUGAGAUUAGGGUUAGAAAAUCCAAGGACAAUCUUUUGAGUUCAUCAAGCAGUGAGAUAAGGCAUGGGUCCAAACCCAACAAUUCUGAGAUGGGGCUUAGCUUCAAUAUGUGUAAGAAGAUUGUGCAGAUGAUGAAUGGUAAUAUUUGGUCAGUAUCAGAUUCUAAAUGCAUUGGAGAAACCAUCAUGCUUGUCCUCCAGUUCCAGUUGCAACCUGUGACUCCAGUCUCUGGAGCGUCCUCAGAUUUGUACCGAUCGUCCGCCAUUCCCAACUUUAAUGGGCUCAGAGUCCUCCUUGCGGACAGUGAUGACACCAACCGAGCUGUAACUCACAGGCUUCUGGAGAAGCUUGGUUGCCGAGUCCUUUCAGUCGCUUCUGGUGUCCAAUGCAUGAGCUCCUUUGCUGCCGAGUCAUCCUUCCAGCUGGUGAUUCUUGAUCUUGCCAUGCAGACGAUGGACGGAUUCGAAGUAGCCCGCGCGAUCAGGAAGUUCAGUAGCAAUAGUUGGCUGCCGUUGAUUGUUGCCCUAGCAGCAAGAAUCGACGACAACAUCCGGGAUCGAUGCCAGAGGUCAGGAAUAAAUGGCCUGAUCCAGAAACCAGUCACACUAGCUGCACUGGGAGAUGAACUGUAUAGAGUCCUUCAGAACAAUUAAAAGAGCCUGAUGCAUGGUUCUCAUUUCUUUCAAUCUCAAUAGAUUGCUGUAGCUUGAUCGGUAGUCACUCUGCUACUAGUUUCUGCCAGGUUAGAUCCAUACAAUCACAAAACAUUUGGUUGGGGCAAAAGGAAAAUGUAUAGGAAGCUGAAAGCAUCCGCUUUUUGCUUGGUUCCUCGGUGAAGGACGACGACAGAAAGGUACAAAAUUUUGGAGAGAUGAUACUGUUAGAACUUAGACUCAUUCAUUGUAAACCCUCAGAUAAGCCAAUAUUUAGAUUCAUUCACUAACACUAAUUAACUACGAUAUAAUUAGUUUGGACGAAAUCCAUGAGCAGUUUAGUUUGU